AUGUCUGUUGCAAUAAACCCCGACGCUUCAAAAGGUGCCACAGAAGAACAGACCAGCGCGCAAAAAAUGUUAAUUGAAAACAGUCAACUGAUUGAAACUAUCGCUGAAUAUCAGAGAAUGGGUAAAAUAGAGGAUGCUGUGAAGUAUCAAGAACUGUUACAUCAAAACCUUACUUUCUUGGCUGAUCUUGUAGAUCCCCAACUAACUGCUCAAAUACAGGCAAGUUCAAUCCUUUAUGGGAUAACGCUUCAAAGUUUAGGAAGUCACCGCACCACAACCGCUUCCUCUCUCUCAGCAGCACGAGCCUAUUUCAGUCAAUGUUGAUCAACCUCACCAGACGUUAGGAGCGCCAUCUUCGAAUCCACAACAAUAUUACUCCCCUAAUUACCCUCAACAAAGGACGCCCAGAAUGACCUAA